AUGAUUAUUUUCUUCCUUUCUUUACCCCACCUACUACCCCCCACUCACCCAAAAAAAUCAACUCCAAUUUUCCCAUUGAUCAUCAAUGGUGGUGGUAAAAACCCAGAAUUCAAUGAGAAAUUAGCGAUCAAAAUCACUCAAUUCGAUGCUGUUCUCAAGUGCGAAAUGUGGAUGCUUAGUAGGGCUAAGAAUUUCAUGGAAGAUCAGCUUUUGGGGUUCUCUUUAGUUCCAUUAUCUCUAAUUCUUGGAAAAGGAGAAUUAACCCAAGAUUUUAGUCUUUCUUCCACUGAUUUAUUUCAUUCUCCUGCUGGAACUGUCAGAUUGAGUCUUUCUUUAAAUACUAAUUUCCCUUUUGAUUCUUCCCUUAUUUCUUCCAACAAUUCGUCCAUAACAUCCGAAGUUAUUUUGUUAGAUCGAAAGAUCUCUGAGGUUGCUCUUGAUAUCGAAUUCCCAGAUAUCAAUGUAGCUCGAGAAAAUCAACAGAUGGUUUCCGAGUAUUUCGGGUUAUCUCAAAAUGGUUGUUCUGGAUAUGCCCGGAAUGUUCAUUCCGGGCAGAACCAUAACCAGCCCGGACCAACAAGACUUGUUGGUCCGGGCUCGUUUCUUUGUUUAGGAGCAUCGGAUCAAGUGGAUGACUACGAAAUGACAGUCAACUCUGGCUCGAUUUCUCCUCAAGAUAGCAUUCAGAAUUCGGGUUUCUUUAGUUCAACAAUGACUAGUUUAAGUGACGAUAGAAACUCAGCUGAUUCAUCCGAAAAAAAGAUGACUUUGGUAGGGGAAUCAUCGAAUUCUCCUAAGAUUGACAAUUUGAACGAUAAGAAAGAGGCAAAUGAAGAACCUGCAAUGCAGCAACAGAUUGUUGACAUGUAUAUGAGGAGUAUGCAACAGUUUACUGAGUCUUUGGCGAAGAUGAAGUUGCCACUGAAUCUUGAAAAGAUUGAAGGAGAAGAUCGUGGGGAUAUUAUUCAACGACCAAAGAACAAUGUGGAGAAGAAGAAAGAAGGUGGACGGGUUUUCUAUGGUAGUCGUGCUUUCUUCUGA